UGCUAAAUGUCAUUAAACUCAAAAGAACUGUAUGUUUUCUUUUCUGUGUUUAGUAUGCUAAAGCUGAGCCACUUCUCCUUUGUGACUUCCCAAUUGUGAUGGACCUGCAAUCAAAAAAAUGGGUUUUUGACUCUAAUUCUGAAUACACCAAGAUGACAAUGCAGAUAAGUUACGACUUGGAGAAUUUCUUUGACUACCUGGGUAUUUUUGAUGAUUAUGAUGAAGAUGUUUUUUUACUGGACCUGAGGCGAGCAACCAUUUUGGAAGACACCUUUGAACAACUGGCGGAUGCUUGUGACACAGACUACAAGAAGCCACUUAGGGUCUUGUUUGAUGAAAAUCCAAUAACCGAUGACGUCUACAGGAAAGACUUUUUUUAUGAAGUCUUUCAUGACUUGGUCUCAGCUGAAUCUGGGAUGUUCACGUUCAAUGACUCUGAAACACUGGCAUGGUUCUCCUCAAAACAUCAGGCAACUCAGGAAGACCAGCGUUUCUUCCUGUUUGGAGUUCUGUGUGGAUUGGCCCUGUACAACCAAUGCAUCAUCCACUUACCCUUCCCACUGGUGCUGUUCAAGAAGCUGCUCGGUGUAAGGCCUUCACUGGAGGAUUUGAUAGAAUUCAACACAAGUGUUGGAGA